CAACUCUAGCAGAUUUGCGUGUGACUAUUAAGAAUAAAAAUUUACAUUUACUAAGUUAUAAAUUUAAGCGUAAAAUAUGUCUGGAACCGCAAAUGCUGCAGCAAAAACCGAGAUGAUCGAUCUCACCAAGCUCAGCCCCGACCAGUUGAUGCAAAUCAAGCAGGAGUUCGAGCAGGAAAUGAAUAACAUACAGGACUCGCUGUCGACUCUGCACGGCUGCAAAGCGAAAUACGCUGGCUCCAAAGAUGCGCUGGAAGCAUUUCAGCCCGAUUGGGAGAAUCGUCAAAUACUCGUGCCGCUGACAAGCAGCAUGUAUGUGCCAGGACGCAUCAAGGAUCUCAACAAUUUCAUCAUAGACAUCGGCACCGGCUACUACAUCGAAAAGGAUCUGGAUGGGUCCAAGGAUUAUUUUAAGCGUCGCGUCGAGUAUGUGCAGGAACAGAUCGAGAAAAUUGAAAAGAUCCACAUACAAAAGACACGUUUCCUAAACUCUGUGAUGAGCGUGCUCGAGAUGAAGCAGGCGGCCGCCGUAAAACUGAUUCAGCAGCAACAACAACAACAGCAGACCAAGCAAAGCGCCUAGGGAACUUGGGACUCCGUCAGGAUUGGCGCAGAACAAAGUUGAUUAAAUUAUUGAACAUAUAUAAAGAAUAUUUGUGCAUUUAA